CGGCUCCCACCUGCGCGGGCACCGCCGCCCUGUGCCGCGCUGCCAUUGGCUCGCUAAAAAUGCCUCUCUAAUCUGCGCCCAUCUGCGCGCCUCCCCCGGGCCCCCUUCGCCGCUCUGACCUUCCUCCUCCCGCAGCCCCGAGAGAUUCGAGUUGCGGCGGCGCCGCAGCCUCACCCUCUCCCGGGAAGCUGUCGGGGUUUGAGGUCCGGCUACAGGCGCCUCGCUGGUCCCCGGGGCGCCCCCGAUGGUGUCGCGCGCUCCGGCCUCCAGGGGACGUGGAGACCUGGGAGGCCCAGGUGAGGCCCAACAGUCAUUGGAAGGAUGCUUCAGCUUGAGCUGCCAUACCUGAAUACCAGACAUGAUGGGCUUAGACAGUAAGUCAAUAACAACAAUAAUAAGCAACAAGGGCAACAAAGGGAGGAAAGAAAAGCUUCCAGGAGCAGUGGAUUCGUAGUGCAGACACCGAGCCCCAGCAAUAACCCUGGAGCUUAUGAGCAGCCCAGUCUGCUGACUGCCGCUCCACAUCUGUCUACCCCUCCACGGCCACACCAUGUCCGGCUCCUAUGAUGAGGCUUCACUAGCUCCAGAGGAGAUCACUGACAGCUUCUGGGAGGUGGGGAACUACAAGCGCACGGUGAAGCGCAUCGAUGACGGGCACCGCCUGUGCAACGACCUGAUGAACUGCGUGCAGGAGCGGGCCAAGAUCGAGAAGGCUUAUGCCCAGCAGCUCACCGACUGGGCCAAACGCUGGCGCCAGCUCAUCGAGAAAGGCCCACAGUAUGGCAGCUUGGAGCGGGCCUGGGGGGCCAUCAUGACAGAGGCAGACAAGGUGAGUGAACUGCACCAGGAGGUGAAGAACAACCUGCUGAAUGAGGAUCUUGAGAAGGUCAAGAACUGGCAGAAGGAUGCCUAUCACAAGCAGAUCAUGGGUGGCUUCAAGGAGACUAAGGAGGCGGAAGAUGGCUUCCGCAAGGCCCAAAAGCCCUGGGCUAAGAAGAUGAAGGAGCUAGAGGCAGCAAAGAAAGCCUACCAUCUCUCCUGCAAGGAGGAGAAGCUGGCAGUGACACGGGAGAUGAACAGCAAGACGGAACAGUCUGUCACACCGGAACAGCAGAAGAAGCUCCAGGACAAAGUGGACAAGUGCAAGCAGGAUGUGCAGAAGACACAGGAGAAGUAUGAGAAGGUGUUGGAUGACGUGGGCAAAACCACCCCCCAGUACAUGGAAGGCAUGGAGCAAGUGUUUGAACAGUGCCAGCAAUUUGAGGAGAAACGACUGGUCUUCCUCAAGGAGGUGCUGCUAGACAUCAAACGUCACCUUAAUCUGGCUGAGAACAGCAGCUAUAUCCACGUGUACCGAGAGUUGGAGCAGGCCAUCCGGGGGGCCGAUGCCCAAGAUGACCUCAGAUGGUUCCGCAGCACUAGUGGCCCUGGCAUGCCCAUGAACUGGCCCCAGUUUGAGGAGUGGAACCCAGACCUUCCUCAUACUGCUGCCAAGAAGGAGAAGCAGCCCAAGAAAGCAGAAGGUGCAUCGCUGAGCAAUGCCACCGGGGUGGUAGAGUCCACAUCGCAGGCGGGGGACCGUGGCAGCGUUAGCAGCUAUGACAGGGGCCAGGCAUAUGCCACUGAGUGGUCAGACGAUGAGAGUGGGAACCCAUUUGGAGGCAAUGAAGCCAAUGGGGGCUCCAACCCCUUUGAGGACGACGCCAAGGGAGUGCGGGUCCGGGCACUCUACGACUAUGAUGGCCAGGAGCAGGAUGAGCUAAGCUUCAAAGCUGGAGAUGAGCUCACCAAGCUGGGCGAGGAGGAUGAGCAAGGCUGGUGCCGCGGGCGGCUGGACAGCGGGCAGCUGGGUCUCUAUCCCGCCAACUACGUGGAGGCCAUCUAGCUUCCCUGAGCUAGCCCCCCCCACCCCUCACCCAUCGCCUCCCCUCCUCUCCCACUCUCCUAACACUUCCCUUGCCAUAGAGUUCCAGACAUAUUUUCCGAUCAAGCUUUUAUUUUUUUAAAAGUCAAAACAGAACAAAAACAAAAAAAAAAAUACACAAAGAGACAGAGCAUUUGCAGGGCUGCCUGGAGGUCAGGAUGAUGGAACUUGGGGUGACUAUCCCCCAGGGUCGGUGAGGGUCUUAGGACUUAACUCCAAAGAGUUAUCACAACAUCUGCUCUUUAGAUCCCACCAAAGAGUCUGAGCCCUGAGAGAUGUCUCUUGGACCCUUCUAUUCUGCCUCACCUCCACAGUGCACCUCUCCACUCCCCCCUCCCCACACCAGGCAGCCAGCACCCCCACCCCAAUCCUCUGGGCCUGGUACUUCUGACUCUCCUUCUCACCCAGUCCCCCUUCCACCACCAUCCUACUCUCAAAAGUCUCCCCAUUCAGACCCCAGAGACGUGGGGGUGGGGUGUGUCCCAGUCUUUAGUCUUCCACUCUGCCUUUGGGUGCCCUCCAUCUUCUACUCCCAUCCUGCAGGAGUAGGGAGGGGUGGUGGCCAUCUGUACCCAUAGGUGUUUCCAAGGGGCCCUAGACUCCCCAAGACAUGCAGAGGGGUGAACUGGCACUAGUGACAAUGUUCCACAGAAGAGUGAGUGAGGGGGAGCAACCUCAGUCCUUCCCAAAGCUCAGCUGAGAGAGCAGCACUGUGAGGCCCUUCUUCCCAGCAGCCAGACUGUCAGGCAAAGGCUCUUCCCUGAGCCACACCCCCUUGGUUGCUUACAGAGACUGGCCUCCCUCUCAGAAAUCCCCUGGCAGCAGAGUGGGGGCCCAGAGCCCAGGGCCAAGCCACUGACAGUAGCAGCCUCUCAUUUCCUGGGGAGAAGGGCAUCGUGCCCAAUUCAGCCUUUCUCCUCCUAGGUCCAUCUAAAAUCCACAGAAUUACUGGACUCAGCAUUAGCCUCCAUGAGGCCAAGCCUUGUGCCCACAAGGCUCUUGGCUUCCCAUUCCAGCACACACACACCACCACCCCCACCAUCACCACCACCCCCCAACUUCCCCACUCCACUCCCCUCUGCAGGGGUGAGGGGACACAGCCUGGGGAACUCAUGGGAACCUCCAGCCUGAGACCAGCAGAGGAGAGCCUGUAGCCAGUGGUAGAGGUUUAGGCUUGUUGGACAGAGGAGCCUUGUCGCCAUGUGUCAGGGGCAGGCUUGUCAUCAGGCCUCUGUUCCUUGUCCCUUACCCCAAUUUUAGCUCCUGGAGCAGUUUUUACCCCGUAGGCAGCCCCACCACCUCUCUAAGCCUGGGUCUCUGUUAAAGACAUUGGGGGUGGGGGGAGGGGAAGGGCCUGCCCCAAGCAGGAGUACUUGCUGCAGUGAAGAGUGGCUCUGGAUUGGUCCUGGCCUGUCCCACAGGAUGUGACUGGGGGUGCUUGGAACACACCAGAGCAGGACAGAACCCCAAGAGGUAAGGGAAAGGCUAAGGGAGGAAUCUCUGGAUUGAGGCCUUGAGACUUCCUACCAGGUGAGGUUUGCUCUCUGCUAAUAUCUUUUUAGCCUGCAGUACUGCAGACGCUGCCCCUCAGCCACACUUCUUUCCCAUGGGCCUCUAGGCCAAGACACUCAAUGCCCCAGCCCCUCUGUCAUGCCCUCUGUCUUCUCUCUGUUUCUUCUUUCUCCCACAGCCUGCUGUUAGGAGGCCGUAGACCCUAGCCUCAGUUCCCUGACCAUGUUCACAUGGGCACAUGGGAUCCUGGCAGUUCUGGUAGGUGCCUGAGCUGGGGCAGGGCUCCCUCAGGACUGAGGGAUGUUAGGGUGAGAACCCUGACACUCCAGGGAAAAAUAAAUUCCUUUUCCCACUCCUUUUCCUGUCAACUGUCUAUUUCCUAGGCUUCCUUUACAGUCUGAGGUAGGUUCUAGUUCUCCCGAGCCUGAAGAAAGAUUUCAGAGCCCUCCAUAUCACCCUCCCUACCCCCCUCCCCACAGCUCCGUAAGAGUCUCUUUAGUCUCCCCCAGGCAAGAACAGGGGUAGGGGCCUAAGCCCCUCACCACAUAUCCCUAGAAGCCAGCACAGUUGCACCUUGGGGCCUGGGCUCCCCCUCUCUGUGCCAAUGGCUUCCUAGUACCUGGGGAGGGGUUAUGAUCCUGGCUAGACCCCAGGCCUGUACCCCUCAGAACUCUAGCUGCCCACUCUGGAGCAGGGAUUCAAAACCCCAUUCUUUCUGAGAGGCCUCCUCCAUAGCCCUAUUUGGGACCACUGUGUCCUGAUCCCCAGGCUCCUCAGGAUCUCAGAGUGGGAGGCGCGCUCCUCCACAAAGUCCCCUGAGCCCCAGGGCCCAGCUCCACCUGUCAGUGCUGGUGUCAGGGCACUCACCACUGAGUGAGGGCUGUACCCCUUGCAGUGCCCACUGCCUCCUAUAGCCUCCUCCCUCUGCCCACACCCUUAAUGCUGCACGGGCCUACCCCUCAGGGCUCGGCAAGUAAUGUGUUUUGUCCCCAGUUAACCAUCAUUUUGCAGCCUGGCUCAGGAGGAGCCACUGCUGCCCUGCCGCCCACCAUCUGCCACCCUUGGCUUCCUGACUCCAUUAGUCUGACACUUGUGAAACUCUGAGAAGUGCUGUGGUCUCAGCAAUGCACCUGUUUUGUACAUGACUGUGUAAUUUAAAGGUAUAUAAAUACAAGAUAUGUAUAUAUAUAUAUAUAUGAGUUGUGGUUGUAUGACUGUGGAUAAAAUCCAGAACUGUGUCAA